AUGCCUAUCCUUUACUGCCCGCUGUGCGGUAUUCUUUUAAUACCGGAUCCCUUCCUCCCAGAUGAUCCAGAGUUAUCGCGCCCUCGGCCAUGGUUCGCCGAAGUGCGGGGGAUUACCAUCCAACCUGGGAAAACGCCCCAGGAUCCAGAUGCGGUGUUGACCGGUAUAGGCAUCAUUCGCGAUGAUAACGUCCUGCUCGCUCCCGCCGAUAGCAAUCGUUCAUAUCUCGGCAACUAUAACCUGAAGAAAUGGGUGCUCUGCGAACGAUUCGAAGGAAGCGGCGGCUUUGGCUUUCAUGAAGCCUGCUGGAAAUUACUGGUUCUCAGACUCGGGCCUAUGUAUGAAAGAUUCAAGUCGGACUUCUUGACCGCUAUGUUCUCGCUCCUCUGGUCGACCCCUUGCGUCAAUUCUUCCAGUUUCGAUUUCGGGCACGACUAUGACGGCGCAGAAGUAUUACGCGACAUGCGUGUAUGGCCCUGGACUAUUAAAUCGGGCUGGCAUUUGUAUGCGCAUCCCUUCCCCACUCACCAGCUCGAUGCCUUAGACGCGCCCUUAACUACCGACACUGAAGGAAAGAAGCGAGGAACUGAGACAGGUGCGCGCCUUUUCGGAGUUUUUCCGCCGGAAUUGAAGGACGAGAUAUUCUCAUAUCUAUCUUACGAUGAAGUGGAAACUAUGCGACUUGUUUCCCCAGACAUGGCACACCUUGCGGCCGAUCAUAGGCUGCCUCAGUCGUACUGGAAGAGCAAGUUCAUGCUUGGGCAGGAGAUGGACUUUAUCUUUCCGGACCACAAGCAAAAAAGGGAUUGGCGCAAGAUAUUCUUUGCUGCCAAGUUGUAUUUGGACCAAAAGGACGGGUUCAUGGUCAAUCGGAGGCGCAUCCGAAUUCUUCUAGAGCCUAUUGCUGCUCUUCUAGAAGAACGCGCUGCCAUGGGACUACCUAUGCCAGACGGGCUUCCUCUCGUAUCCGUAUAUUAUCAGAACGGCGUCCGUUGUAUGAGAAGCCAAGGAGGUGGAGCAUAUGCAUAUGUCAGCGUGGACUACGAGCAUUUAUUCUCAGGCCACAUUUCCUCGACCGAUGCAGACCGGGUACUUGAGCUUGGAUGCCGUCGGCUCAACUGGGUCAUGUACCCCUUAAAACGAUUAGACCAAGUCCAGUACAAUACUAUAGUAGUGUCAACAGUUCGCCUCGGUUCGCGCCGUUUUGUGUCCGGAAUCUGCAUGCUUGAGGAUGAUUCGGACACUGCCCAGACGCCUUGGAUUGGGUAUCCGGAAUACUCUCAAAAAGUGCGGGUCAUAGUACCGCGGACCUCCAGACUCGUGUCAAUCUCCAUUGCAUUCUGUGCGCAGGGGCUCAGAGCACUAAGGUUCAAUUUCACGAAUUCGGAGUCAUCGGCCUGGGUUGGCGACAGCACUGACGCGGGUGUUGCCUGUGGCAAGCUGCUUGUCCCAGCGAGUCAGCCAUGGGCUUUUGUAGUAGGAACAGAUCACUUCAAGCUCGUUUCCCUUGGCAUUGGCAUAUUAUCGACAAGAUCUCCAACACCCCUCGAGAAACCACGACCAGCUCUACGGACUGCAUUGUCGCACCUGUGGAUCAAUGAUAUCCCGUCGCAUCAGGGCCUUUUCUUAGGAGACCUACGACCGCCGGUUCCUCCACGUCCAUUCGAGCCUCUCGUAAACUUUGACUUUGGCGGACCUAAAGGUCUCCGCCUAUGUUCACUGACAAGAUUCGUAUUCUACAUGGGGGGGAAUGACGACGUAAUCCGCGGGGUCGAGGCGAUUUACGCUGAUGGAAGCACGGUGUUUGUUGGGCGCAGGAUAGGAUGCGAGCUAUCCUUCCCUAUUGACGGAGUGGAAGGAGAGCGAUUAAACAGAGUUGGUGUUAUCGAUAAUUCCCGUCUCAUUGAUGAUACCCAGUUCAGCGAGGAUCAACUUUUUGGAAUACAGCUUACCACUAAUUAUGGCCGGACCGCCACUUUCGCUGCCAUCAAAUCACGAUCGGCAAGGACUGUCCUGUGGUCCUCUAAUAAAUACCCUAAGUACGCCAUAACUGGGUUUGCCAUUGGUUACGUGCCACACAAAGAUCGAUUUGGUCGUCUUGCUUUGCAAUAUCAAAAAUCCGAGCCCCUGGCCAUUACCGCACCUGCAUCGCUCAAAGUGCCACAUGGGGCGCUGGACAAGAGUCUACAAUACGAUACCCAGUUUUCAAUAUUCACGGACUACCCAGAUAGCGGUAGUUACCAAACUCAUGCAACUCUCGCAGGCGUGCGAAGGAUCCAGGCGUCCGUCGGAAUCGAAGGCAGAUCUAGAACCCCAAAUAGCAUAUGCGGAUUGAAAUUCGAGUACGAUGACAGUAGCGUCUCCAUAAUAGGACAAUGGAUGCAACCAUAUGACAGCUUGAAGCUCGGGCCAGAUGCAAAAGUACAAUCCCUGACAGUCUGGGUAAACAAAUCGCAAAAGGGGCAAGUCUCGGCUAUAAAGAUCGUGACGAGCGAUGCCCGCGCUAUAACAUUCAUUCCACGUGGGGUUGGGAGUCUUCCAGGUGGAGAUUUAAGGCACGAGUACGGAACUGGUCUGGGGGAGCAAGUUACAGAUAUAUUCUGGGUAUUGAAUGAUUGCUUUGACCGAGUUCGUGCUGUCGUGGAGCCAAAGUAUCAGCGGCUAUCGACCUUACUCCCAAACCAAUAUCCUCCAUUCGACGCAGUGCAAAAAUUAUACUUUCAACGAAUAGCGGGCGAUGGUUCCAGAGACAGGGUUGUUAAAGUCAAGGCCUAUUUCCUCGAAACAGCGUUGGUUGGACUGAAAUUUAUCUACGAGUCUGGGAGCAAGGCGCAGAUCGGCGAUACCAAGGACGUUCCUGAUCAUUGUGUCAAAGUUCGCUUUGUUAAGCAUGCACGCGUUGUGGGCAUGCUCGUUGGAAUACGGGACGACCAUAUUCGCUACUUGAAGUUCCACCUUGAUUAUUACCGCAAGUCAUCAUCCAAGAUGCCGGUGAAAGCGUUUAGUUACACUCUAGACCUCGUUUCCCCGUUAGAAGAUGUUAAUACCGCGAGCUACAAGUGCCAAAGUGCAUGGUGCAGGGACGCAGAGGCGGCAGGGAAGUUCCCAAGAGCCCAGGUUAAUCACAAUGUCUAUGCGCCGCCAAGUAGCGGCGGUGCACUGGCUGGCUUGUAUGUGAGGUGUCACCAAUUCUCGUGCCUGGGUGCAUUAUAUGAGUGA